CCCUGGGGGCCGUACUGUACUCCGUACAGCACCUUGUUGAUGUUGACGGCAUAAAGUUCCACUUAUUCCUGGCCAAUGGAAUUGAUGUACUUUAGUGGCCUGAGGCCCAUACUGUAUAUUCCAUGAGACAGUGAUAGGUAGCACAGCAACGGGCAGACCUUUGAUCAGAUAUCCUUAAGCUGUAGAUCACCCAGAUCUCAUUUCUCAAUAGACCAUCACCAUGUGUAAACCGGUCUUAUCAACUUCUACCCCCUCAACGCCGUAUGAAGCUUGGGCCAACGGCUACAAGGAUAAUCUCUUCAACCGCUGGAAAACCCUUUUUCAAAUCGCUGUGUCUAGACAUAUGCCUUCCCGGCGACACUCAAACUCCUCAAUUUUGUAUCUUUCUUCGACUAAACUUGUCAAAUUUGGACGCACCGUCCAUCUCUCUGAAGCCUCAGCUAUACUUUUCCUAGCUUGCUUUGCACCUAACGUUCCUGUUCCGAGAUUGCACUGCGCGUUUCGAGAUGAUAAAAAAGGGGUGACUUAUAUCGUAAUGGAAAGGAUUGAUGGGCGGCCCUUGAGUGAUAGUUGGCAUGAGGCAUCAAGAGAUGAGAAGGAUAGAUUAUUGACACAGCUUAGGGAUAUUUUCGAGGAGCUGCGAGCACUCAAGAAGCUCUCUGGAAAGGGGAUUGCAGAUGGUGCUGUGUGUGCCGCUGAUGGAGGCAAGUUGCACGACCAUCGAAUAUGGAAUGCCGCCGGGGAGAAAGGGCUGGGCCCCUUCCCGAACGAGGCAGCAUUCAACCUUUUCCUUCGAAACGGAGUCUCGAAUAUUGACUCCAUCGCAGACCAAGGGAGUCAAGCAGAGAUUCAAAAAUUGAUCGAGAUGCAUACAGCAUCAGAAAAAGGGAAUAUAGGGACCGUAUUUACACAUGGAGAUGUUAGUUUGAGUAACAUCCUGGUCAAGGAGGGAAAAGUUGUAGGAAUUGUAGAUUGGGAAAUGUCUGGCUGGUAUCCACGGUACUGGGAGUACACAACAGCGAUUAAUACCCAUUACAUCAAAGGGUGGAGGGAGGAGAUUGGGAAGUUUCUUGAUGAGUGGCCUCAAGAAAAAGAGAUGGACGAUUUAUGGAGAAAGCAUUAUUGUGAUGGGCCUUGAGGGUGCAUGUCAACCAAUUCGCCUGGGAAGACUAACAGAUAUUCAAGACAGCCUGGAGAUGAUGGAUUCGACCUCACGCCGACAAAGCAACUGCGAGGAAACUAGGGCAACGCCGACUAGGGGAAAGAACAAGGCUAUGCGAGUCCUUUGCAAUCUUCCUCUGAACAUCACCAACUCCCAGAGAUUUCCGAUGCCGCGGAAGGCGAAAUUGAUUGCUUCUCAAAUUCGCAAGAACUUGCGAAGAAAACCUCGAAAUGUCCACGUUACAAUUUAUUCUUCGAGUGGGCUGUGUACCUGGGGCCAGCACAACGUGGCUUGACAUUUGCACCAAGAAUAGACUCGUUACAGGCUGAGUUAUAUACAGAAUUUCCAACCGUUGCGCCGCUGUGCAAGGAGUAGACGAGUGCGUGCCAAGUGAUCAGCACGGCGCAUUGGCAGACGCUGGACGCUUAUAUUUCUGCACGCCGCGCUCCUGAGAUCCUUGACCAUGGUUUUAGCCUACCCAACCCGCUUCGCUCUCGCCAGUUGCUUUAUAUCUUCUACUAUCCGGUGUACAAUCGUCGGCGAGGCGUUUCCCGGGAUCAUUUGUACGAAGUAAGAUGGAUCUUUCGCCUCCUCCUUGCCGCUUUCAACGCACAGAGUGCGUCACAGACCGCAGCACUCCUUUGGAUAGCUACUUCUACGAAGGUAGAAGAUUUUGCAUAGGUCUUGGAGUUGGUAGGAGCUGCCCUUGACGUCGCAUUUCCCGGAACGGUCCCGAGAACGAUGUGCAUUGCUGAUGAAGUACGGCCCAGUUCGCCGGAAUUGCAUUCGUACCCACGCACCUCUGAUCCCCAACGAUAGCAGCUAAGGCUUGUUCAACCCACAUCUGGCAAUUGAAGACGGUCCAUACAGCACUUGUUUCUAUAGGGACAGCUCUAACGACCUCCUCCAGGCGCCGUAAGUUUUCGAUCUUGGCCACGGCUGUGAAUGUGAGCAUCGCGGGCGUGGGACCGCUUGAGAGAUCGCGCGGUGGCUCUUCGAACUGCCAGUGUACGCCUUGUGGAGUUGGGAUGUUUCGAACGUGGUAGAGAACCAUGCCCUCCAUUCCACCAUCCUUUGGACCGCUGGCGAGGCCCCAAUGGUAAGGAUCAGGGUUUCCGCCUUCUUGAGGUGUGCGAAAGAAGCAGACAACAUACAAUCUUGGCUUGUUCUUAACCAUGUCGGCGAUUUUUGGAUACGCUUCUUGUAAAAUAUUAUAUUACUUAGGCUUGAUAAUACCUAGUUGUAUACUGUCUCUUUAUACUUGUC